GCUAUGAAAAAGAUCAAAUAAGUGUCAAUAAUGAGAUUUCAUUAGAUAAUAUAACAUCUGACUAUUCUACAACUUUGUUAAUUGAGGAAAUUAUUGAUUUGGGAAUUAAAAAUUCAGAAUCUUCUGUAGUAGAAACAGCUUAUACUAUCUCACCUACUGAUUUGGAUUAUGAUCCCUAUGAUGUAUUAAAUAAUUUUUUAAAACAUGAAAAGCAAAAUGAGUAA